CGGAGCUGUAAAUAUAAAUGAUCAUGCUAGGCAGAGCGGUGAAUGACUAAGUUAGGUUGCGGUGUGUGGAGGAAUGCAUUGGCAGCGCUAGUGCGGGUUAAGAAACCAGUGGGGUAGGUUGCGCUGUCCUUCUGCGCGCAUGCUCCGUGCAGGAGGGAGCGCUGUGAGUAUGUGGAAGGAAGGGAUUUGAUUCGAGUUCAUCCUGAAGUUCCUUUCACCUUCCUGUUAGACAUGGAGCUGGAUGCUCUGCUGGAGAUAGUGUGCCCGGGGCAGAACGACGGCAUCGAGUCAGCUCUCAAACACUAUAACGAUGAGAACCGCACCAUGUUUAAAUUUGAUCCCGCUGAUGUAGAGAAGAGAAUGAAAUUAUGUGAAGCUCUCUUUCAAGUCCUCGACAAAGGAACACAAACCUCUUGCCAGAUUAUGUGCUUAGAAGCUCUCCGGAUCCUGUCUCGAGAUAAAAAGGUUCUGGUUCCUGUGACAACCAAGAAAAACCUGCAGAUCCUAAUGAGAAUGGCCAAGCUGGAUCUUCAGCUCAAUUCCUUAGGAGAGGUGAAAGACUUUCCUGUUGUGGUAGAAGCCUUGAAGUGCCUGUGCAAUAUUGUUUUUAACAGUAUGGAAGCCCAGAAGCUAAGCUUAGAACUGGACCUUGCUGAUUUACUGUGCGGCCUUUUAGGAAAGUGUAAGGACCAGCGUAUGGUCAAUGACAUUCGCUGCUUUGCCCUGCGGCUUCUCUUCCUUCUAACGCUGUUGCAUACAGACAUUCGGGCACGGUUAAAACAGGAGUUGCAGGGUCUUCCUCUUCUCACCCAAACCCUUGAGAGUAUUCUUGGGAUCCAGUGGGCAGAAAAAUACCAGACAGUUACAGAAAUAAAUCUACCGCCACUGUCUGUGCAAGAGACAGACUGUACCAUUGAGGCAUUAAAAGCUCUUUUUAAUGUAACUCUCGACAGCUGGAAUGUACACUGUGAGAGUGAUGCGCAUCAGUUCCGGUAUUUGACUGCCAUCCUGCGCCACGUCUUGUUAUCUAAGGCUCCAUCUGCAGAUAAAACGGAAGAGCUGCACAGCAAUACAGUCAACUUGCUGAGCAAUGUCCCUGUUUCCUGUCUGGAUGUUCUCAUUAACCCCUUCAACAAGGAGAUGUCUGCAAAUAAUAACGACAUGGAUAUGGAAGCCAUUCAGGUUAUACUGAACUUCAUGGAAAAGAGAAUCGAUAAGGGUUGCAGCUACAGAGAGGGUCUGACGCCAGUUCUCAGCCUGCUCACUGAAUGUUCCAGAGCUCACAGGCCCAUCAGGAAGUACAUUAAAGCAGAGGUAUUGCCGCCAUUAAAAGAUGUAAGUAACCGACCAGAAGUAGGAAUGACAGUCAGAAACAAACUGGUACGACUAAUGACCCACGUGGAUCUGGGAGUAAAGCAAAUUGCUGCAGAGUUCUUGUUUGUUCUUUGCAAAGAGAGAGUGGACAGCCUGUUAAAGUACACUGGUUACGGGAAUGCAGCUGGCUUGCUUGCAGCCCGUGGCCUCUUGGCUGGGGGUAGAGGGGACCGCUGGUAUUCAGAUGAUGAAGAUACAGACACCGAAGAGUACUUAUUGGCAAAACCAAAUAUUAAUCUCAUAACGGGCCACGUGGAAGAGCCCUUACCAAACCCCAUGGACGAGAUGACCGAGGAGCAAAAGGAAUAUGAAGCAAUGAAACUUGUCAACAUGUUUGACAAACUCUCAAGAGAAGAGCUGAUCAAACCAAUGGGAGUGAAACCCGAUGGGACGAUGGCCCCGCUGGAAGAGACGCUCCAUUCUCAGAGGGCCAAGGACAGCAGUUCAGACUCAGAUUAAAGGGAAACCUGCAUUUUUUUUUUUUGUUUUUCUACGGUGGUAUUUUUUUUUUUUUUGCUAUUUAUACUCUUGAUAUGUCAAAUAAUUUUAUCAUUCAACAAAUAUAUAUAUUCUGUAUCUGAAGGAAAAGUCA